CGAAAGUGAAAGUUUGAAGUCAGACUGCAUUUUACACCUCGACAGAGCAGGAGGAAAACAGGACUGGAGAAGAUGAGUCAUUUAAAAGAGGAGGAAGAGGACAGAUCUUCAGUCUCCAGCGGUCUGUCUCUGAAGAGUGACCGGUCUAAAUAUCAACCUAUAUACUUCAGUAAUGAACCUGGACCCUCAGACAGGAAACAGAGAGCAGAGUCUCCAGUCUCCAGCUGUCUGUCUCUGAAGAGUGACGGGUCUAAAUAUCAACCUAUAAACUUCAGUAAUGAACGUGGACCCUCAGACAGGAAAGGGAAGAGGAAGAGUCCUGUUCCUGUGGAGGAGCAGCUGUCCAGCUGUGCUCUGUGUCAGGACGUCCUGAAGGAUCCAGUCUCUACCAGCUGUGGACACUGGUUCUGCAGACAGUGCAUCACCUCAUACUGGGAGCAGCGAGCUCCAUCAGGAGACUCCCCCUGUCCCCAGUGUGGAAAAAGAUCCAGAACCAGAGCUGGACUGCAGACAGCCAGUCAGACCAGAGCUGUACAGAAUGGUGGUCUGCAGCAGGUUUUAGAGGACCAUAGGAUCAGUCUGAGGAGGAGAUGUGAACGUGUGACUGAAGGAACUGAUGAAAGUGAAACCCUCCUCAACAGGAUUUUCACUGAGCUCUACAUCACACAAGGACGGAGUGAAGAGGUUAAUACCCAACAUGAGGUGAGGCAGCUGGAGAUGGCUUUCAAGAAGGAGACCCUCCAUGAAACUCGACUCAAGUGCCAGGACAUCUUUAAAGCCUUAGCUUACCAUCAGACCCACAUCAGAGUGGUCCUGACCAACGGCGUCGCUGGAGUUGGAAAAACCUUCUCAGUGCAGAAGUUCACUCUGGACUGGGCCGAGGGUUUGGAGAACCAAGAUGUGAGUCUGGUGAUCCCGCUCUCCUUCAGGGAGCUGAACCUGAUCAAAGCUGAGCAGUACAGUCUUCUCAGGCUGAUCCAUGUUUUCCAUCCAGCCUUACAGAAGGUCACAGCAGAGCAGCUGGCUGUCUGUAAAGUGCUGUUCAUCUUUGACGGCCUGGAUGAAAGCAGACUCUCUCUGGAUUUCAGAAAAAGUGAGGUUGUGUCUGAUGUCUCACAGCAAUCCUCAGUCAACGUGCUGCUGACAAACCUCAUCAGGGGGAAGCUGCUUCCUUCAGCUCUCGUCUGGAUCACUUCCAGACCUGCAGCGGCCAAUCAGAUCCCUCCUAAGUGUGUGGACAGGGUGACAGAAGUACGAGGCUUCACUGACGCUCAGAAGGAGCAGUACUUCAGGAGGAGAUCCAGAGAUGAAGAACUGUCCAGCAGAAUCAUCUCUCACAUCAAGAGCUCCAGGAGCCUCCACAUCAUGUGUCUGAUCCCAGUCUUCUGCUGGAUCACUGCUGCAGUUGUGGACCACAUGUUGACUACAGACCAGAGAGGAGAGCUGCCCAAGACCCUCACUGACAUGUACUCACACUUCCUGCUGGUCCUGACAAAGAGGAAGAAGCAGAAGUACCAUGAGGGACAUGAGACGAGCCCACAGCAGCUGACGGAGGCUGACAGUGAGGUUCUUCUGAAGCUGGGGAGGCUGGCGUUUGAACAUCUGGAGAAAGGAGACAUUAUGUUCUACCAAGAAGACCUGCAGCGCUGUGGUCUUGAUGUCACCGAGGCCUUGGUGCACUCAGGAGUCUGUACAGAGAUCUUCAAAAGAGAGAGCGUGACCUUCCAGAAAACAGUCUACUGCUUUGUUCAUCUGAGUGUCCAGGAGUUUCUGGCUGCAGUCUACAUGCUGCACUGCUACACCAACAGGAACACUGCGGUACUGAAGGACUUCCUGCAGGGAGACUGGGUCGAUGACAACAGGUAUAGCAGUGAUCAGGAUUACCCAUCCCUGGACGUCUUCCUAAAGAGAGCCAUGGAGAAAUCUUUCAAAAGUGAAAAUGGCCACCUGGACCUGUUUGUCCGCUUUCUCCACGGCCUCUCUCUGGAGUCCAACCAGAGACUCUUAGGAGGCCUGCUGGGUCGCACAGACACCCGUCCAGAAGUCACCCAGAGAGCCAUCAACAACCUGAAGGAGAUAAGAAGUUCUAACAUUUCUGACAACAGGAGCAUCAACAUCUUCCACUGUCUGACAGAGAUGAACGAUCACUCAGUACAUCAGGAGAUCACAGAGUUCCUGAAGUCAGAGAACAGAUCAAAGAGACUCUCUGUGAAACACCCCUCAGCUCUGGCCUACAGGCUGCAGAUGUCAGAGGAGGUUCUGGAUGAGUUGGACCUGGAGAAGGACAACACAUCAGAGGAGGGACGACAGAGACUGAUUCCAGCUGUGAGGAGCUGCAGAGAGGCUGUAAUUCCUUACUGUGGAUUCCUAGACUGGGAAGUCGUGGCCUCAGCUCUGAAGUCUGGCCCCUCCUCUCUGAGAGAGCUGGAGCUGACGGACAGAGGUCUGGAGGAUUCAGUCGUGGAGGUGCUGAGUUCUGGACUAAAGAGUCCAAACUGCAGACUGGAGACCCUGAGACUGUGGGGCUGCGGUCUGACAAAGAUCAGCUGUGCUUCUCUGGCCUCAGCUCUGAAGUCCAACCCCUCCCAUCUGAGAGAGCUGGAGCUGAGUAACAACGCUCUGCAGAAUUCAGGAGUGGAGCUGCUGAGAGAUCUUCUGGAGAGUCCACUCUGCAGACUGCAGACUCUCAGACUGAGGUGGUGCGGUCUGUCAACGAUCAGCUGUGCUUCUCUGGCCUCAGCUCUGAAGUCCAACCCCUCCCAUCUGAGAGAGCUGGAACUGAGUAACAACACUCUGCAGGAUUCAGGAGUGGAGCUGCUGAGAGAUCUUCUGGAGAAUCCACUCUGCAGACUGCAGACUCUCAGACUGAGGUGGUGCCGUCUGACAAAGAUCAGCUGUGCUUCUCUGGCCUCAGCUCUGAAGUCCAACCCCUCCCAUCUGAGAGAGCUGGAACUGAGUAACAACACUCUGCAGGAUUCAGGAGUGGAGCUGCUGAGAGAUCUUCUGGAGAGUCCACUCUGCAGACUGCAGACUCUCAGACUGGUGGGCUGCAAUCUGACAGAUAUCAGCUGUGCUUCUCUGGCCUCAGCUCUGAAGUCCAACCCCUCCCAUCUGAGAGAGCUGGAACUGAGUAACAACGCUCUGCAGGAUUCAGGAGUGGAGCUGCUGAGAGGUCUUCUGGAGAGUCCACUCUGCAGACUGCAGACUCUCAGACUGGUGGGCUGCUGUCUGUCAGAUAUCAGCUGUGCUUCUCUGGCCUCAGCUCUGAAGUCCAACCCCUCCCAUCUGAGAGAGCUGGACCUGAGUGUCAACGCUCUGCAGGAUUCAGGAGUGGAGCUGCUGAGAGGUCUUCUGGAGAGUCCACUCUGCAGACUGCAGACUCUCAGACUGAGGUGGUGCGGUCUGUCAACGAUCAGCUGUGCUUCUCUGGCCUCAGCUCUGAAGUCCAACCCCUCCCAUCUGAGAGAGCUGGAACUGAGUAACAACACUCUGCAGGAUUCAGGAGUGGAGCUGCUGAGAGAUCUUCUGGAGAAUCCACUCUGCAGACUGCAGACUCUCAGACUGAGGUGGUGCGGUCUGUCAACGAUCAGCUGUGCUUCUCUGGCCUCAGCUCUGAAGUCCAACCCCUCCUGUCUGAGAGAGCUGGAGCUGAGUGAGAACGCUCUGCAGGAUUCAGGAGUGGAGCUGCUGAGAGGUCUUCUGGAGAGUCCACUCUGCAGACUGCAGACUCUCAGGAUCAAUAUGGAGACGAUCACAGCCAAGAUCCAGAAGAACUGGGACUCUGAUGUGGAACAGGAAGUGGAGACAGACAGAGAGGUCUGAGAGGGUUACCUGCUGACCCGUGUCCAUCUCAACCAGUGUCUGCAGGCAUCCCAUAAUCCUGCGUUUGGGUGUUUCCUGCAUUAGGGUGGGAUAACGUUCUCCGUGUGAUCAAAGCUCUGGGUUCUCUUGGAAACGCCCUCCGACGACAAAGUCAGAAGAAGGAAUAUUUUUCACCUCUUGAUGUUUUUCACUUCGGGCUCCAUGUCCAAUCAAAAGCUUCCAUUGCUUUAAAACCAGCUCUGCCUGGUGUCUUUGAAAUGGUGCUGAUAAAGGUUUAGGUGGUCUUUAUGAAAUGUAAGCAUGAAUCAAUGUAACCUUUAAGAUGUGUUGAGAUAUCCUCAGAAUGAAAUGCAUAGCUGUGCAGAGUGGAUUCAGUUCACUGUCUGUUGACGGGACGGGGGUCUGUGUGCAGAUGAAUUUAGUAUGUGACAAUAAAAGUACACAAAGUAUUUACAACGUACAUAAACAUAGAAAUAAACACACUUUCUGUCAAACUUGAAA